AAAACAUGUUUUCCCAUCUUAAUUCAAUUCCAUGCAUCAAUCAAUUAUUUUUUAGUGUUUACCUUUUCGAUUUUCCGAAGAGUCAUAUGUAUCCCUAUUCCCUUACCCUUAUCUAUCUAAUAUAACUAAGCAUUCAAUUAAUUAAUAGAAUUUUCUCCAGUAUAUCCUUUUUUUUUCCAUGACUCAUUCUGUAAUUUUCAAACACUUAUAAAAGCAUUAUUCACUCCUCUCUUUUUUGUUUUUCUGUUUCUAAUUCCAGUUUUUAUUCGAAUAUUCUCAUUUCAAUAGCUCUUUUAAUAAGCCUUAACGAAUUAAUUGUGCUUUAUUAAAAAUUGAAGGGAAAAUAAAAUGUCUGGUUUUAGCAGAAUGAAAAGAGUUACUGACCCGUUAGACGAAAAAAUGAAGGCUCGGAUCGUUGGCCGUACUGAGAAACGAGAAAUCGGUUACUUCAGCAGCGGCAGUGAACACAGUGCUCAUGCUGCUGCUGAUGUUGCUUCUCCUAGUUUCUCCGAUCUCGUUUUCGGUGAUUUAGAAAACAAUGACGGAGAUGAAACACCGGAGAAUGAUUCAGAUUCUGAGCUUGAUGUAUCAAUGUGUGAUUCAACGGACAUGAUUGAGGAAAUGGAGAGCCCUGUUUUCCGCAGCGAACUCGAUUUGUUUCGUAAUGUGAUUGUAUCUUGUGUUGCUAAGGCAUUGGAAAUGUUUUCGUGCUUUAAAUCGAAUAAAUCGGUGCUCCAGAGGAAUGUAAUGGCAUAUCUUAGGAAUUUCGGUUACAAUGCAGCGGUUUGCAAGACGAAAUGGGAGAAUUCCGGUGGACUUGCUGCCGGAAAUUAUGAGUUUAUUGACAUUACGAAAUCGGAUUCCGCUAAUCAGAUCAUCACUCGUUACUUCGUCGAUCUCGAUUUCGCAGCAGAGUUCGAGAUCGCGAGGCCGACGAUUCAGUACGAACGGUUAUUACAGUCAAUGCCGAAUAUUUUUGUUGGCAAAAGUGAAGAGCUAAAGCAGAUAUUGAGAGCAAUGAGCGACGCGGCGAGACGGUCGUUGAAAAGCAGAGGCCUCACGUUUCCGCCAUGGAGGAAACACCGGUUCAUGCAGAACAAAUGGCUUGCUACAUACAAAAGGACAAUCAACAUCACGCCGUCGCCGGCGUGGUUGUCACCAUCAAAGCAGAUAAAUGCGGUUAAGUGCCGGACUGUCGGGUUUCACACUACCGCCGUGAACGGCUGCCUGUUAUUUCCCGCUUCAACCCGUAGUAGAUGAUAGCAACAGAUGGCUGCAAAAAGCAGUUAAUCAAAUUUUGGAGUAAAGUAAUAGAUCCAAUUAUUUAUUUUCUGUUUCAUUCAUAUUACUUGUAUUUGAUUUGUAGUGUACUGAAUGAAAAUAUAAAAGUUGUAAU